CUUGCUUUCUCAUUCCAUUUCACAGUGCCCACAACAACGAGGCAACCAUUUCUCCUACAAAAAACCUCUCUUGUUUACCACCGGCGCCGUCGUCGUCAUUUAUCUUCUCCAAAAACCCCAUAAUUCUUCCAUAUACAGUACCUUUUCUUCUUGUUUUCAUCAUAUAUUUCAGCCCAAAAGGUGUUUUCAUCAGUACUCUGUUUUGUAAUGGCAGCAGCACCGGUCAAGUCUCAGCCUCUGCACUAUUUCUCUUUACCCCAAUUGAAGUGGGGUAACAAAAGUCACACAAAUGCUAACCACCGUUUCCGCCGCCGUGAUUCUCCGCCGUCUAAUGGAGAUAACCCACCCCAAACCGCCGACGUGGACGGUGGGUCUGACUCUGAGAAGGUUCAACCCCGAUCGGAGGCAGAGGCAGACCCUAAUGGGGUUUCAUCUUUACAAGGAGAAGACGAGCAUGAAAAAGAGGUUAAAGAAGAAGAGGAAGAAGAAGAAGUGGGUUGUGAAGAAGGGGAGGUGAAGUUAUGGAAUCUAAGGCCAAGAAGGGGUGUUACGAAGGUUGAAACGGCGUCGUUGAAGAACGUUGAAAUGCGAGUUGAAAGCAGUAAUCAUAUGCAGAGGUCGCAGAGGUUGAAAGAUAACGCGGAUGGAAAUGGAGUCGGGUCGGGUAAAAAGGGGAAGAAGAAAUUAUGGAUCUCACUGUCAAGGGAAGAGAUUGAAGAAGAUGUGUAUUCUAUGACCGGGUCAAGACCCGCUAGAAGACCCAAAAAACGAUCCAAGACAAUUCAGAAACAACUCGAUAAUGUUUUCCCUGGGUUGUAUUUAGUAGGGCUUACUGCUGACUCAUUCAGAGUCAAUGAUACUACGAAGUAGAUAUGGCAUAGCUGGUGUAUCCGAAUUUUUGCUACUAUGGAGAAGAUUUUGCAAGGAUUGAGGAACACAAGUGGGGGAAAGCUUAGAGCUUUGAGGACGGCUGCAUUCAUGCCUCGACUGUAGGAGGUAUAAUGUAUUGAAUUACGUAAAGGGUAUAGUAUAGCAUCUUGGAAUUAUAUCUAGUUUUGUUUUAAGUAGCAUAUAGAUAUAUUUGGAAAGAUUUUGGUUGCAAUGGUAACCUAAUAUAUGUAAAGAAUGGAACUUGAGAUAUGGAUGGAUAGGUUUUGUUAUUUUCGCAAACUGGUUGCAGUUCCAUGAAUGUCAAUGGAGGUGAACAUGACAAAGGUUGAACUAUUUAUGUGCUUUCUGUACAUAUUUCUUGAUUUCUAUGAGUCAUGAUAAGACUCGAGGAUA